AAGUGUUCGCGGGGAAGGAAAGGAAAGGAAACGGAUCGUAACCACCAUCGAGCCUUCCUCAGUGUUGUACCACCGGUGUCAUGUUCUCAUCAUUAUCGUGCCUCCUUUAUUGAGCUUCCUCCGGGUCAACGUUGGUUUGAGGAAUAUUGACAUAGCGGCUGAAAUAUCGUUGACAACAGGCUGAAAAACAUGAGUGUCGAGGCGUACGGGCCCAGCUCACAGACUCUAACGUUCCUGGACACCGAGGAAGCCGAGCUGCUGGGAGCGGACACUCAGGGCUCCGAGUUCGACUUCACCGAUUUUACCCUGCCGAGCCAGACCCAAGGCCAAACCCAGAGCCAGCUAGAUGGCCAGGUUCGGGUUAAUGGACCUGAUGGUGUGCUACAGAAUGGAGAUGACCCUGUGGUAAAAGCCAGCCAGCUUCUGGCAGAGUUGAAUUUUGAGGAGGAUGAGGAGGAUACUUACUACACCAAGGACCUUCCGGUGCAUGCCUGCAGUUAUUGUGGGAUUCACGACCCGGCUUGCGUUGUCUACUGCAACACCAGUAAGAAGUGGUUUUGUAAUGGUCGUGGCAACACAUCUGGGAGCCACAUUGUAAACCACCUUGUGAGGGCGAAGUCCAAGGAGGUGACCCUGCAUAAAGAUGGUCCUCUGGGGGAAACGGUUCUGGAGUGCUACAACUGCGGCUGUCGCAAUGUCUUCCUGCUGGGCUUCAUCCCUGCCAAGGCUGACUCGGUUGUGGUGUUACUGUGCAGGCAGCCAUGUGCCAGCCAGAGCAGUCUGAAGGACAUCAACUGGGACAGCUCACAGUGGCAGCCUCUCAUCCAGGAUCGCUGCUUCCUCUCCUGGUUGGUGAAAAUCCCGUCGGAGCAGGAGCAACUCCGGGCACGCCAGAUCACGGCCCAGCAAAUAAACAAGCUGGAGGAACUCUGGAAGGAAAAUCCCACGGCAACUCUGGAGGACCUGGAGAAGCCCGGAGUAGAUGAGGAGCCUCAGCAUGUCCUGCUUCGCUAUGAGGACGCCUACCAGUACCAGAACAUCUUUGGUCCACUUGUGAAGCUGGAGGCUGACUAUGACAAGAAACUCAAAGAGUCACAGACACAAGACAACAUAACAGUGAGAUGGGAUUUAGGCCUGAACAAGAAGAGGAUUGCUUAUUUCACUCUUCCUAAGACAGACUCUGAUAUGCGACUGAUGCAAGGAGAUGAAAUUUGUCUGAGAUACAAAGGAGACCUGGCUCCUCCGUGGAAAGGCAUCGGACAUGUCAUCAAAGUUCCUGAUAACUACGGCGAUGAGAUCGCCAUCGAGCUGAGGAGCAGUGCUGGGGCUCCAGUGGAAAUCCCUCACAACUUCCAGGUGGACUUUGUGUGGAAAUCAACAUCUUUUGACAGGAUGCAGAGUGCCCUGAAAACAUUUGCAGUGGAUGAGACGUCAGUUUCUGGUUAUAUCUACCACAAACUGUUGGGACAUGAGGUUGAGGAUGUGGUCAUCAAGUGCCAGCUGCCCAAACGCUUCACCGCUCAGGGCCUGCCCGACCUGAACCAUUCCCAGGUGUACGCUGUGAAGACAGUGCUGCAACGCCCCCUCAGUCUGAUCCAGGGUCCCCCAGGCACCGGGAAGACAGUCACCUCUGCCACCAUCGUGUACCACCUGGCUAGACAGGGCAGUGGGCCGGUGCUGGUUUGUGCUCCCAGUAACAUUGCUGUUGACCAGCUGACUGAGAAGAUCCACCAGACAGGACUGAAGGUGGUGAGACUGUGUGCCAAAAGCAGGGAGGCCAUAGACUCGCCUGUGUCCUUUUUGGCUCUGCACAACCAGACCCGCAACAUGGACAGCAUGCCAGAGCUUCAGAAGCUUCAGCAGCUGAAGGAUGAGACUGGAGAGCUGUCCUCCUCAGAUGAGAAGCGCUACAGAGCUUUGAGACGUACUGCUGAGAGGGAGCUGCUGAUGAAUGCUGAUGUGAUCUGCUGUACAUGCGUUGGAGCAGGAGAUCCUCGUUUGGCUAAAAUGCAGUUCAGAUCAAUCCUGAUUGAUGAGAGUACCCAGGCUACGGAACCAGAGUGCAUGGUUCCUGUGGUCCUUGGGGCCAAACAGUUGAUUCUGGUGGGUGAUCACUGCCAGCUGGGGCCCGUGGUGAUGUGUAAGAAGGCAGCUAAAGCAGGCCUGUCCCAGUCUCUCUUUGAGCGUCUGGUCGUUUUGGGGAUCCGGCCAAUCCGCCUGCAGGUCCAGUACCGCAUGCACCCAGCCCUCAGCGCAUUCCCCUCCAACAUCUUCUACGAGGGCUCUCUUCAGAACGGAGUUACAGCAGCUGACCGGGUAAAGAAGGGCUUUGACUUCCAGUGGCCACAGCCAGACAAGCCCAUGUUCUUUUAUGUUACCCAAGGCCAAGAGGAAAUCGCUAGCUCUGGGACGUCUUAUCUGAACAGGACUGAGGCUGCCAAUGUGGAGAAAAUAACCACCAGGCUGCUGAAGGCUGGAGCGAAACCCGAUCAGAUCGGCAUCAUUACCCCCUACGAGGGACAGAGGUCCUACUUGGUCCAGUACAUGCAGUUCAGUGGCUCCCUUCAUACAAAGCUCUACCAGGAGGUUGAAAUAGCCAGCGUGGAUGCUUUCCAAGGCAGAGAGAAAGACUUCAUUAUCUUGUCCUGCGUGAGGGCCAAUGAGCACCAGGGCAUCGGCUUUCUCAACGAUCCCAGACGUCUGAAUGUGGCGCUCACCAGGGCCAGGUACGGUGUGAUUAUCGUGGGAAAUCCCAAGGCCUUGUCCAAGCAGCCUCUGUGGAACCACCUGCUGAAUUACUACAAGGAGCAGAAGGUCCUCGUUGAAGGGCCUUUAAACAACCUGAGGGAAAGUCUCAUGCAAUUCAGCAAGCCUCGAAAGCUGGUCAACACCAUCAACCCUGGCGGUCGAUUCAUGAGCACAGCCAUGUAUGAUGCCAGGGAGGCACUGAUUCCUGGAUCAGUUUACGAUCGCAGCAGCAACGGACGUUCUUCCAACAUGUAUUUCCAGACUCAUGACCAGAUUGGUAUGAUAGGCACGGGCCCCGGUCCUAUGUCGUCCAUGAACAUCCCCAUUCCCUUCAACCUGGUGAUGCCUCCUAUUCCUCCACCUGGGUACUUUGGACAGAUGAACGGCCCCACUGCAGGUCGUGGAGGAGGAAUGAAGGGCAAGUCAGGUAGUGGAGGGGGAGGUGGGACUCGAGGUGGCCGUCAAAGAAACCGUGGCAACAUGGGAGCGAAUGGAAUGGAACGUGGAGGUCACAUGACCAGCAGCCAGGCCAGUCAAGACCAGGUCUCGCAGUCCUUCUCCCAGGGACCACUUACACAGGGAUACAUCAGCAUGAGCCAGCCGUCCCAGAUGAGCCAGCCAGGCCUGUCCCAGCCGGAGCUCUCACAGGACAGUUACCUAGGAGACGAGUUUAAGUCCCAGAUUGAUGUCGCUUUGUCCCAAGACUCCACCUACCAGGGGGAGCGGGCCUACCAACAUGGUGGUGUGACUGGACUGUCCCAGUACUAGACUGUUCCUGGAACGGAGCUAGCCCUGUGUGAAGCUUAGUUCAUUGGUAUUUUAAUCUGGGUAAUGACAAAAAAGAAGAAACAUGGAUACCCGUUUUCCACUGCUACAACCGAAGCACCACUGUGUGAAAGUCACAGGAGAGAGACCGCGAGAAACCAACCAAUCACAAGAGUGAGAGCAAGAGAUGGGAGUGGAGCUGGACAGGAAGAAGGCAAGAUGGCGGGAGUGGGAGGAAGCUGCUCGCAGUGAAGAUGUGGUGUUCUCAGAGCAGCACUGGUGGAGAGGCCAGACCCUCCACUGGUUCAGGACGGUGAAGGAGCUGAAUGAUUCUGGAGGGGGUAAAGGGGACCAAUGUGUCAUCUUGUCCUUCGUGGCCUCUAAUCCCUCAGGACCCUCCAGGCGGGAUGGUUGGGAAUCUUGCUUCAAAAGCUGAGAAAGAUGGAGGUGUCUUACACUAAACUCCUCCAGACUAACUCAACAGGAGGUCCUCUGUGACACGGAGUGAGACAACAAAUGGAGACAACUCCUGAAGCAGUUGUCAUGGCAACUCUUUAAACCCAAAGCUUUGAAUCGGGUCUCUGCAUUUGAUCACAUCUCAGCAUCCAGAAGCUGAACUCAGCAAGUUCUGGCAGUGCUGUGCCUCAUGGAGGAUCCAGUCACCGAUCAUUUGCUUUUCUUUCUCAGCUUUGACAAAAGCUUUUUGAAUAAAGACACUUGUGUAGUCGGCCAUCUUGGUCUGCUAAGAAACAGGAAUUCUUAAAAACGAAACCAUAAAGAUCUAAGCUCCCAUGAUAGAUCAUGGGGCUCUUUUAAUUUAAAUCCCCUAUAUAUCUUAUUAGGAGUGGAAAAAAAGAGCCGUUUGAUGCUGUUUUCCUCAGAUCGUAGCUGCUAAAGCUAGCAGGUAGAAAUCAUGAGAGCAAAUAGCUUAAUGCAUCUAAUAAGCCAAAUAAAGAGAACAGCUGUUUCUCAAACACAGUAAAGAUUAGGUGCAGUUUGAGGAUGGAUGGUCGCUCUGUCAUACGGAACAUGACAAGUACGACAAAUGAUUUCCACUUCUUGAAAUAAAUAUCCUAAAGAGAAACUUGA